AUGUUGUUCAUAUCCACUCUUGUCGCAGCCGCAAUAGUAUUGGCGGUGUACGCACUAUGGUUCACACCUGUCGGCGGAAAUACGUUGCAAGUUCCGGCUGACGGCCUAUGGCGAUGGUCGAUUCAGCUCUACAAGGAGUAUGGGGCUAUCGUACACCUUCGACUUAUGGGGGACGAUGUCCUCAUUUUGAACAACUCAUGUGACGCCGAGGAACUACUGAACAAGCGUGCCAUUCAUUAUUCCGGGAGGAAAAACAGCAUAUAUCUCGAAUAUCGGUCAAACGGGAAGCGUAUGCUACUCCUGCCACAAGGCGACGAGUUACGCUCACAGAGGAGGGCGAUGAAAUUCAUGUUCCGUCCUGAUGCGCUACGCGCAUACCACCUGAGACAGGAACAGCAGGCUCGCGGUCUCUUGAACGAUUUGCUACUGGACCCCAAGAACUAUGCAAUCGCUCUCAAGCGCUUCAGUUCCGGAAUUAUCAUGGGGAUAUGUUACGGAAAGCGUGUUGAUGAGCACGACGAAGAUCUCAAGGAGAUUCUGGAGUCAAAUCGCACCUUAAACCAAGAUGCAUUACCGGGCGCACACCUUGUAGACCUUUUUCCGAUCCUCGAUCAUCUGCCGGACUUCCUUGCUCCUUGGAGGAAAGACGCACGGGCAAAACAUCUAUUUUGUCGUCUGGCAGAUGCCGUCCGCACCCGCAUGCGGCAAGGCACGGCGUCGCAUUGUCUCAUCGCGCAGUUGUGGGAGCAGCAGUCCGGUCUCGCCCUGGACGACAAAUCUGUAGCCUACGACACAAACAACCGGAUGUAG